GAGAGAGAGAGAGAGAGAGAGAGAGAUCCAUCCACGGGAUUGUACACCUGGAAAGCACGCGACAGACAACAGGAAAGAAAACAGUGUGCAGCGAAUUCGUUACUGUGUUUGCAUAAUUAUAUUGGCUGUUUAAUGCCAGAGGAAUGCUGCGGUUUUAGUUGCAAGACAGGCACAGCAACUCUGGGAAGUGUUUGUUUCCCAUUUUAACAACAACAAGAAGUAAAAACUAUUAUUGAUCAAAAAAGAUAACAUGGCGACCGGAGGCUUCAGAGCACCAAAUACAGCAACGGAUUUUCUGGAAGAAUGGAAGGCUAAAAGAGAAAAGAUGAGGGCUAAAAUGCUUGGGGAGCUUGCUGCUUCUGGCAGCAGUACUGGAAGUGGUAGCAGCACCACGGUGACAACAACUUCUACAGUGGUCGCUGGAAAGAAUAACAAUGAAACUGCCGGCAGGAGAGUAGUCGGGUCAAGCAAUGAAUUAAACAACAAUGGUAACCCUGAUCGCGGAGUUUCCUCAACUUUUAAUUGUGUUUCGGUUUCUUCUCAUUCAAUGGCCCGAUCGCAGCCCUCCUCGGCUGUCCGGAAGAUCGAUGAUGACCCACAACAGGCGGUCGCCGGUCGGGGAGCCGACCCUGCUGGAGGUAACCUAAAGAAGAUUCAACCCCAACCGGAGAAACUCCCCGGGACCCCACAGGCUGACAGCACCGGGAAUGUCUGCAGCGAGAGCGACAAAGACAGCACCCCUUCCCCUGCAGCGAGCUCUAAAGGCAAGGAAAAGAGCAAGGGCUCUGGCCCUAGUGCCAGGAAAGGAAAGGGGCAGAUCGAUAAAAGAAAAAUAAGAGAGAAGCGAAGAUCCACAGGUGUUGUCAACAUACCCUGUGAGAGUCCAGAUGAGUUUGAUGAUGACAAUUCAGAGCAGAAGGAACGGAAGAGGGAAAACACGCUCACACAGCAGAAUACUGUGCGGAACGAAGUGCUGGCCUCCGAUCCCAGUCCUGCUCAUCUAUUACAGGACACACCUAGAGCUGCGACAAGCAAGUAUAAAAGCUCUGCGGCUCCUGUUCCAGAUGAAGAGGUCCCUGGAAACUCUAAGUGCUAUGCCAGGACUGACCGGACAGGGCACACCCGGCAUAACCGGGAGCAGAACCCAUCGGGCACAGUGCCUGCCAGAGGCCUGGAGAAGAUGAUCGAAGAACUUGAAAGGGAACUUGCCAAGGAGAGACAGGAAAGUGCACAGCUAUUGAAAGCUCACCAGGAUAAAGACGAACUAAUUGGGAAGCUAAAGGAAGAAAUCGACCUCCUGAACAGGGAUCUUGAUGACAUAGAGGAUGAAAAUGAACAGCUCAAGCACGAGAACAAGACCCUUUUGAAGGUGGUCGGGCAGCUGACCAGGUAGAAUUGGUUCACUGCUGGAAGAAACAACCGGGCAGCUGACCAGGUAGAAUUGGUUCACUGCUGGAAGAAACAACACAAAAAAAAAAACAGCUACAAAAAAGACCUGUGAGUACAGUAUGUGGCGCUGUGUUUAUAAAAUUGCAUAUUUUAUGGAAUGGGUGGAGAAAAAAAUAAUUUAAGAAAAUCAGCAGCUCGUUUUUCUGUCUAUCAUGAAACUGGCUGAAAUGAAGGUCUCUUAUUAAAGCAGCAGAAGUGGUACAGUUCAUUCAUGAUUAAUGUGUCUUUAUCGAUUCCCCAGUGGCUCGCCUACUGUAAAAGCGCUACCGUGUGGAGUGCAGGGUGAGCCAUGCGAUCAAAAGCAUGCAGGUUCAAGUCUCGACUGCAGCAAGAUGACGAUCUUGAAAUACUAAAAGAAACAAAGUAAAUGCAGUGAUGAACGUUUUGACUAGAAGUCUUUUUUGAUGGCUUUGCUGUUGAAACGACAUUAAAGACUUUGGGAGACUUCUAGCUGAAAUGUUUGUGAUUUGAAUUUAUUUAACUUCUUUUAGUAUUUCUAAAUGUAGUCCUGUUGAGUGUUUAAUAGUUUUAUGUACAGUUCUUUGGGCUCUUCUGUGAAAUAAGCAAUCUCAUAAAUACAGCGUAGGCAACAUCCCAGCGUGUUUAUAAGGGAACACUAAUUGCCAUUCAUGAUUUGUGCUUCCUACAAAUCAGUUAAUGAUUUUUUUUUUUUUUUUUUUUUUUAAUUCAUUGAAAAGUUUUGUAAAUGUUAUGAAAAGCAAAUUCUGGAACAGUGAGAAGAGCUUGGAAUGAAUUGACUUUGAUCUGUUAAGCGGCAAUAAAGCUCUCGUAGAUACACCAUGUGUUAACAGGAGCACACAGCUGUUGAUUUGUUUUGCCUUGCAUCAAACAUGUUGGGACUUUAAAAAAAUUAAAAGCAGAAAUAAACUUAAGCAGUAAUUGCCAAAGUUGUCUGGUUUAGUGGGAUCUACCUGUACUUUUGGGUUGAAACAUAUUUAAUGUAAAUGUAUUGUACAUAGGGCCAUAGAUUUGGUAUUUGAAGACUAAAUAAACUAAUGUAUUUAAGAGACCUUUUGUACUAAAUGCUACAAGUCUUUGGUUCAUGAUCAUAUAGAUGAAAAAGGGGCCAUAUCUUGACGAUUGAGUAUCUGGAAUUGUUUCUGACUAUUAUGAACUGCAGUGAAGGGUCAGUUUGUUUACACUGUAUCUACAUCAUGAUCAAGUACCAUGCAAGUAAAAAAAAUAGUUAAGCAGAUAAGCGUAUCCUAGUUCCAAUUAAACCAAGCUGAAACACUUUGGAUCUUACAUUUGUUGAAGUAUUCUUUUGUAGAUAGUGACCGGUUAAAAAUAAAUAAAGCCUGGUGCUUUUUUUCAUUGUGUUGAUCAUUGAAAUCCUGAUGUGACGACAAGUACAUAUUUAAACAAACAACAGUACAAGCAGUAAAUGUUAAAAUGAUUUUCCACAAACAUUUCUGUUAAUAUAUGCAGGCUUGUACUUUAAGGUAAUGUAAAUAAGCUAGCAAGCUUUUCAUAACCCAGAUAUGAUAUGAUAACAUUUAAUCUGAAACAAACCUAUUUUGAACUAGAAGGUUAAACACAGGAAUGUGUUUUUGUUUUUUUAUGAGUGGAAUGUCUUGAUUUUUAUUUAGUAAUUCAUUUUAUGGCAGUUUAUCUUUGUAAGAAAUGAAUCGGUUAUAUAUUGUUUUAUGAAAUGCAUUAUUUGGGCUGCUUUAAGUUUUGGGAUUUUCGGUAGAACUCAAUAGAUCUUUUUAUCUGUAUUAAAAAUGCUUAAGUAUAUAGUAAUCUAUUGUGAUUUAUAAUGCCAUUGUUAACACUUCCCAUUCAUGUCAAUGUGCACAUUUUUACUUGGUUUGUAUAAUGAAGAUCUUGUUAGCUGUCACCAGUAACAUAUGCAUGUACAGAAGAGAAUAUACAUUUAAUAAAGGUUUGAUUACACUUGUA